ACAUAAUAAGCUUCUAAACAAGGUCAACAGUUUUCAUCAACUCGCUGUCGACGAAAAUAAUUAAGAUUCAGUGUGUAUUAUGUCUAUACUUUCAAAGAUUGUACAUGUUAUCAGUAGUUACCAAAGAUACAAGUGUAAGUGUCCGCGAAAAUGAUCCGUACUUUGUUUUUCGCAAUCACAACGUUACAUGAACAUGGAUGACCUAAAAUGCGAAUACGUGAAGAAAAAAGAUGCUUUGGACUGUCACAAGAGGUAUAAAGUGAAGAUAUUAUAAUGUUUAGUGCAUUGAUUAUUUGCAAUCAUGAACAUAAUGCUACCGUCGCAUAACAAUCAGUGAAUCGCUUGGUCACAAAAGUGAAAAUGUGAUGUGUCAAACCGAUUGUUUACCUCGCGGACAGGUGAGCGGUUUGUAGAAGACGAACGCGAGGGCGGCGGGAGGCGGGCGGCAUGUCGGGUCGUUCGAGUCCCGUAAACGGCAGUUACGAGGCCGCAAACUCGGAGCCAGCGAUGAGGCUCACCGUCCGCAAGGACCUGUUCCCCGAUGUGCGCCUACCUAAGCUGACGCCUGUCGUCCCUGAUGCGAUCAUGACGCAGGAAGACAUAGUAGACGUAUCCUACGUUAAGCUCGAAACUGACUUCGAGCAGAGUAUCGACGACAUCGCCAAUCAAAAACAGCAGGUAGUUAAUGGUGCAAUGCCUACUGUUAAGCCUCGACAUAGAAAGCAUAAACAACACUCUAGACGGCAUUCUGAGCGUACCAUUGCAAAUGGAUAUCUUUCUCCAGAAACUAAACGGAGAAGAAGUUCACCUCGCAAUUCAAGUGUUAGGAUAUCUCCACCGAAUAUUAAAAUGCACACUCGCAUAAAAGGUGGCAAGAACUUAAAUUUAGUGAGUAGUAGUGAAUGUCAAAAUGAGGAUGAACAGUCGGAACAAGAAGAACCAUCGGAAGAUAAUGAUAGUUCUGAUGAUGAAGUGCUCAAGUGCAGUGUGAAGUUACCAUUAAUAAAUGUGCCACGACAGAGUGGCAAACCUUACAGUCAUGAAUUUAGUCAAUUAUCAACAAAAAAGAGUAAAAAGAACUCUUCAAAAGAGCGUAGGACUCACAGUGUAAUUCCUUGUAGUGGUAAACCGCGUUCCAUGUUGGGUAUUUCUAGUUCUCAUAGCAAAAAGAAAAAGAAGUCUGAGUGUGCACCAACAUAUCGGAGUCAGAUCGUGGACAUGAACACUAAUAAUAUAAAGAUUAAAAUUAAAAGAACCACCCUUAAAGAAAGUGUAACACCUACACCAACGUCGAUAGCUGACCUUGGUCAAAGGAAGUCUAAGAAGAAGCGAGCUGCCUCACCGUUGGUUAGCGAGAGUUCCGGUGAAGAGUAUGACCCCCGUGGUGACAAUAUGGCUACCAUGAGCGUCGCUGCACCUAAACCUCGGGCAACAAGACCUAAAACUCCAAAAGCUCGUAAAAGUAACUCAAGUAAAAGUAAGGAUAAAAGUGAAAAGACUGAAAGAAAUAGAGUUAGUGAUGCUGUGAGUAAGGAAUCUGGUCCCCAAAGUCCAUGGGCACACACGAUUCCCGAGGAAAUUCUGGAAAAGAUAUUUAACUAUGUUGUGUCAUCACAGGGCACUCUACCAACAGUUAUCAGAUUGGGAAGAGUAUGUAAGAAAUGGCACAGUGUAAGUUGUAAGCCACAACUGUGGAAGAAUGUAGAUCUUGCACAAUAUACAAGUGAGAAAUGCAAAACAGACUACAAACUGGUAUGGCUUUUAGAGAAUCGACUAUCAUUAUGUCAAAGUUUAAAUAUUGCUCAAUGGAAAGUGUGCAAUGUAUCAUGGGUGCUGGCUUGUGUGGCUGACUACUGUCCGGAGUUGGUGGAGUUGAGCGUCGCUGGUUGGAGUCGCAUCACUCCCGAACAGCUCUAUGAGCUUAUUCAAGGGCUACCCAAGCUUCAACGGCUUGAUCUCUCGCUUACGUCCGAGACAAGUUCAAGUACAUGCCUAACGGCAGCUUCUAUGGCUCGAAUAGCAGAGAAUUUCGGAUCACGUCUAACGCACUUAAAUCUCGCAAACAACAAGUUCACGGCGUUGUCGCAGAUACUAUCAUCUGUCGCGUCCCAUUGUCUGAAUCUCGAAGUUCUGGACAUAUCUGGUACACUCGCCACGUCGCACCCCGCCUCUGUGCCGCUUGAAGCGCUGCAGAAAGGUUGUCCCAAAUUACGAGUAUUUAGAGCCGCCAACUCACAACUUGUACUGGCUUCCGCUACUACUUCGCAACAGAUGGAGGCGGGCGGGUGGUCGCAGCUGGAGGAGCUGUCGAUCGCGGGGUCUGCGUCGACGGAGCGCGUGGGCGUGGGCGAGUACCGGUUCGGGGACGAGGCGCUGGGCCGCCUGGUGCGCGGCGCCACCAGGCUGCGGCUGCUCGACCUGCGCGGCCUGCAGCGCCUCUCAGACUCCGCACUCGUGCGCGUGCCCGCCUGGGACCUGCAGCAUCUCUUCCUUGGAGGUUGCAACGUCACCCGUCAGAACAAUGCUUGCUUAGAGCUGAUCUGCGAAAAGUGGUCCCACAGUUUGAUAGAACUAGAUCUAUCCUGGGCAUCUGCGACGCAGGUCCUCGACGCCGCAGUUUCAGCUCUUGCAGAUUCACCUGACAGUAAACUGAGAACAUUGAAUCUUUGUGGGUCAUCGGUAUCUUGGGAUGCAGUAAAGAAAGUGCUUCUUAGAUGUCGCCUUGUAGAAUCAAUCAAUCUUAGUUCAUGUCGUGCUCUACCGAGAGGAAUGAAGAGACUAUUUACAGGUAAAGAAUUACAAGAUCUUAAGGACAGUUUAGAUCCGGAAAAGGCGAAAACCAAAGAUAACAAUGCUGAGAAGGAAGUAAAAAAGAAAGACGCAAAGAAGACCGAAGCUGACUCAGGGUCAGACACUGAACGCAACAAGUCUCAUAGUUAUGAUGAUAAAGAAGAGACAAAGUUGCAAGGAACUUCUCCUGUGUUUCAGGAACCAAAAAAUAUGCCAGAUUCAUAUUCCAAACAAGGAACAGCACAGGAAACUACUAAAUCAUCACCAGAUAGUAAAGCGUCUGAUUUAUUAGCAAGCAAGGAAGGAAUAGACACGAUAACUUCAGCUAUGUCUAAACAUUCUCCUGGUGAUUCUACCCCAAAAUUACUUAGUCCCAUGGCUCAAUCUAAACCUGAUUCUUCAUCCACCCCUAGAUCAGAACCACUUAAAGCAGAUCUGGGAAGCCCUUACUUUAGUCCUGCCUCAAAACCAGAUAGCCAAGUACAGAAUAGUCCUGAAGUACAAAACGAAUCAUUAAAAAGCAAUAAUUCUUGGAAUUUAGGUCAGUUCAAAAGUACAUCCACUAAUAAGUCAGAAGCCAGCCCCUUAAAUAGAUUAGAGAGUCAUGGUAAAAUAAGACAAGGCAAAAUAGUAGAACAGUGUAGCCCUACAACUUCACUUGAAAAUAAACCUAGCCCAGAAACUGUUGGUCUUAAACAAGACAUAAAAAAUCCUAACAAUUGGAAUUAUGGAAGUCCUAUGCCUAGACAGGAAAAUCAAUUUGCCUCUCAGAGAAGUCCUUAUUCUGCUCAACCAAGUCCUGCUCAACCUAGUCCAUAUUCUACUCAGCCCAGCCCUUACUCUACUCAACCUAGUCCAUAUUCUUCACAACCUAGUCCUUACUCUGCGCAACCAAGCCCUGAUACAAGUCAAAUAGUCAAAACGGACCUACAAAAAUCUGGUGCAUGGAACACUGGUAAUUACAGUCCUAUGCCAAAACAUCAUGCACCAUUUUCUCCUCAUCCUUCGACUCAUACUAGCCCUGACCCUGGGCUCAAUGUCAAAAGUGAUAUUAGAAACACCCCUAAUAAAACUCCCGGUCAAUAUAGUCCAAUGUCAAGGCAGGAUCGGCUUCAUCACAGUCCUUAUUCACCCAGACCUAGUGUUGAAAAUGUGGCUUAUAUUAAUAAAAAGAGCCCGGGCGUCGGUAGUUAUAGUCCUAUGAAGCGUCCAGAAUGUCAUUUGCCAAGCCCAGACACCGGUCCAACAUGUAGACCUGUCGUGAGUGGGAGGACACAGGAUAUGUACAAUCGAUCAGUUGCAAAAGUGCCAGAAAUUAUGCAUAAUAAUGUUGCGGCGCCCGAAGUUACCAAUUCAUGGGGUAUGGACAGAUUUAAUCUGACCAAUCCUACUUCUAGUAUAGAGUCAAUGGUAUGGGGGACGUCGUCGUCUUAUACAGUUGAACCUCCAAUCCCACCGCGCGUUGACAACAUUCCCGGUAUGCUCAACACUCCUCCAGCGCAGUCUUGGAAUAAUAUGCCAGUUUUUGAUAGUGGAGUGCGAAAAACGAAUGAAGACAUUAGUGACGCGUGGACUUUAGGUCAAUUCCGUGUGGAACCACCUCACCAAGUGCACAAUACAUAUGUGGAUCAGAACGUUAAUUUUGACUCGUUAAGUGGUCACAUGGGUCACCCGGCUCAUGUGUUACAGAGCUACCUGGACGAUAAUUAUACGGAGCCGUCACGUGUGGACUGACGUCCCCGUGCAUAUUCGCCGUCACGCCUCUGGUCUGACUUCCAAUAUUACGGCGAACGACCGACGUUGAUACUACUUCGUACAAUUUGUCCCUAUAGUAGGGGAUUAGGGUGAACUUGUAAUUAAUACAAAUUGAACAAUUAUGUUGUAGAGAUUGUAAAUAAGAUUGUCUAGUUAGGUUUAAGAGUAAUAAAGCUAGAAAUGCAUUAAAUUUAUUUUGCAGUGUAGUCUACAGAAGAUAAGAGCAAAUUAUAUUAGACACUAGUGAAUUCAUCGAUGAAGUUAGAUAUUGUUGAAUUAUACUCAUGAGUUAGAAAUUAGAGUGAGUCUUUAUUUGAAUGCCAAAAUCUGUUUACAUAAACUGAGGCCAAAAUGAAUAUUUAUUCCAUUUUUAUUUGUUAAUAUUGACUUUUAACAUGCAAUAUUUAUACUUAAUUGUAUUAUAAUAUAUCUUUACUGUUUUUGUGUUCAUAAACAAUAUUAUACUUUCUAAAUCUUUGUUAUAACGUGCAGUAAAUAAACAUUCCUUUUUAUACAUUUUCAACUUUGUAUUACAGUGGUUUUCAGAUUAUGAAGUGCAAAUGUGUGAGAUGUUUGCAUAUUGUUUGUUAGAUGCACUAUAGAUUGUUAACUAUGAAGUUAGCAAAUUGUUGAGUGUUAUUUUGUUGCUGUUUUGCCUCAAAACAGGGCAACUUUGUGGUUUUAAUUUGCAAAUCAUGAAUUCUAUCAUUAGUCAUAAUAAAAUUAUACAUCAAAAUCAAAUCGUACAGUUAUAAAAAAUACGUCAUAUUUUAUAUGUAUAAGGGAGCAAAUAAUAACUGUUAGAUUUAAUAUUAACAUUAAAGAGAUUACGAAAGCUCGCUAUUUAUAAAUUGUAUAAUUUACGCUUAAAAAUGUUGUAGGCAACAGUUACUGGGCAUUUACCGUAAGAAGGCAUCAAUAAAGUCACAAAUGGCACACAUUUGUGAGUGUGUAUUCACUGCCUAAUGUGACAUCACAUAUUUUUUCAUUACAUGAAGUAAUGAAUUAAAACAACAAACAAAACAAUUUAAAUCAUGUUUGUACAGAUGAAGUUUUUUUGUUAUAGGUCAAAUUGUAAUUAAUGAGGUUUUGUAAUCUGACAGCACAGAAUUUAGGACCAUGCUAACACUUGUCUGACAAUGUCACAUUUUGUCGACAACCUCCAUCCCCUUCAACGUAAGACGUCACUAGGGAUGCACCGAUAAUUGCGCAUAUAAACCAUAUAUAGUACAUUUGAUAUGCUAAUAUUACUGAUCUCUUUAAUAUUCUUUCAUUUUCAAACUCAUAAUUUUCAUUCGAGUAGUAGCCCUUGCUAUAUAAAUACUAACGACAAAAGACAGUCAAGUCGAAGUUAAUGUUCUUAAUAAAACCCUGUUCUACCAAAUGCACACUUUAUAAUUAAAUUUAUGUAUUAUAGAGAGGUAUUUUGUUGCCUAUGUUUAGGUAAUAGAUAUUUUUUCUUAAUAUCUUAUUUGGUUUUGAUUAGAUAGUAGUUCAUUAAUAAUAUUAUAUACUACACGUUAUUACAAAAUAACAUUCAACAAUAAGUUAAUAUAGUAAGUACUUUUUUGAAGUUAAACUUAAAUGAAUCAAAUGACAUAUGAAUCAAUAUUGAUAUUGCUUUACUAUAGCGCCUAUGAUUAGAUGUAUCAUUAUCAUAUUUUGCGGCAGCUUUUGUAUUACCUGAUUUUAUUUUAAAACGUUUUCGUCUACUUUUGAGAUCUUUAAUUUAUUAAUUUUAUGGUAUUGAUUUAUAAAUGACAUAAUCUGAUGGCCAUAGCAGGAAAUAUGUUUAUAAAAGUGCUUGGGAAUGCGUUUUAGUAAGAUCUGGAUUUAGCAUAACUUUUCUCAAAAGGUAAUAAAUCAACAAAUUGUUAUUUAUUUCUAUGUGGAACAAGUUAUGUCGAUAAAUCAUUCCAUAAUAACGGUAAUAUAUUAAGAUGCCGGUUAGCAUAAUAAUCUAAACCAUGAGGCAAUAGCUCCUUUUUAUACAUAAAUACAUCACAUACAUAAUAAAACACAAUCCACUUUAUAUGAAAAUGUAUUUUAUACACAACUGAUAGCUUUCAGUCAUAUAGAAUUAAGUCACGAUUCAACCCCAUUUUAAAGUAUUAUUUAUCGACGUUCCACUUCAAGAUUUAGUUUUAUUAGAGUGACCUCUUAAAAUUAAUAUCUAUGUACACAAUUACGAACUAAAAUAGUUUUAACUCAAUAAUAUGUAUUAAAAAUAUAUUGAUGUAACAAACUUGAAAUUUAGGAGAUCACUAUCAAAAUAUAUAUAUAACGGUGGCAUGGGGUGUGACUUGUUGCUUUAUUCUAUCACAAAUAUUAAUUAGGAACUUAUUUUAUAUGUGUACAGAUUGUCAUAUUUAUUUUGUUGGAUUGAUUGAGACUUUCAUCUUGAAUUUAUAAUUUGUAAUUAUUCUCCUCUGGAAAUCAUGAGUUCAAGUGUUAUAAUAUCAUUUAAUAUUUUAUUAAUUCAUUUAAAAGUAUUAUUAUUUAUUUUAAAAUAGUUUUUUUUAACGUAUGUUUGUAUAUAACCGCAUUUCCUGGGUAAUUCAUGUGUUGUUUUAAGGUGUUACAGAAUACCUUGGUAGCAAAAUUAGUGGUGUUAUUGAGAAUACUCGAGUGUUUCGUCUUCUAAUCACAAAUAGAUUAUACAAUCUGUAAAAGAAAAUCUACUGCUAUACUUUUUGAAUAAUUUCUACCAUUCUCAUAAUAAUUAUCAUAUACUUAUUGAAUAUAGCCCCAAAUAAUAAGAUAUAAAAAUUGUUUUAAAAAAUAGUCGAAAGGAAUGUACUAAAAUAUUAUCCUUCGACUAAUAUUAGUUUACUACAUGAAAGCUUCAAAUAUAAAUUAAUUCAGAAACACUGUUUUAAUUUGUUUUCACUGCUCUUUGUAAUAGAUUUGUGUAAUAAAGAAUCCGCUUAUAUUUUGAAGUUAGUAAGUAUUUUGGCAGUUAUUUGAAAACUAGUUUUGAAAUUAUCACUAUAUGUCAUUAACGUCCCACUUAAGAGCCUUUUCUAUAAAAGUACAACCCGGUGGGUAGGUAUGUAUGGGGUUUAUAGUUCGUUGCUGUUUUUGAUUCUCUUGCAGUGCUAUAUUGUGCCUUGUUUCCAUAGUCCAAUCUUACAUACUGACUAGUAUGAAAUUUAGAACAAUUGUACUCACAUUUAUAUUACAUAAAUGCUUGAACUCAUGUUAACUAUGUAUAUGCACGUAUUUCAAAUUAUAAUAGCGAAGUACAAAAUGCUUUGUAUUAUGUUACAUAUAUACUUCACGUUGUAUUUGAUGAGUCCAGAGAAAGCCACCAAAUAAUUGUUUCCAAUAACUGCAUUAGCCUUAUAUAAUGCCUAAUGUUUAACUGAAGAGAAUAUUUUAUAGUUUUAUUAACUUAUUACAAAGUGAAGAAUAUUAUCUACUAUACAUAGAAUGUAUAAAAUACCUAUAAUAUUAGACAAAUAUUAUGUUAAAAUAAUCGUGUACCAUAGUAUGUAUAAAAUAAAGUUGACUAAUAUCUGUAAGUUCUGUUAUGUAGAGAUUUUUGUUUGUAAUAUUGUUACACUACUGCAUGGACUUCUCACGUGUGGUCCAAUUUUUAUAAUCUAACCAAUAAAAUAUCGAUGUGGUUGUACAUUUACAUUUUGAAUAGAAUUGUACUCUAUUUAUUAAAAUUCUU